AUGAUAAAUAACGAUAAAAUUGACUGUGAAAAUAAUACUACCCAAGAAGAACUUUAUUAUUGUCGAUCUUUAUCUCAACUGACUAAUGUAGCUGAACAAUUCAUUAUUGAUGAUUUAAAAUUAGACCAACAAACCCUCCUAACUUCAAAAUCAACUAAUAAUAAUAAGUUACACUUGAAUCAAAGAGAUCUGAAAUAUUAUCUAAAUCAAUGCAUCCAUAUUUUGUCAAAUUAUAAAGAUCAAUGUAAAUUGCUAAAGGAAAAGUAUAACAUUUUUUUGUCGAAGGAAAACUCAAACGAUUUAGAUGAGGCAUUCAUUCAUCUGAGUAAGGAUAUUUGGAUCAUUCUGGAGACGUCUUAUAUCUAUUACAAAAUUAUUCACAUCAUUAUACUAAAUAAAAUACCUAAUUUGAAAGAAUUUAUCAACAUUAAAAAUGGCAUUUCAAAUAAUAACAACAACAUGUCACAUCUUAGAAAGGAUAAAGACUUAAUAGAAAUUUAUAACGAUCUGUUGAAAACUUUAUUAAACGAUCAAAACAUUUUACAGAUCAAAUGGUUACUAAAAAAAAAUAAUUCCUACCAUAAUAACCAUCCACAAUCUCCACAGGAUUCAAACAUGUCUAAUUUGCCAAACACCGGCUCUACAAUAUCUCCUGAUUUUCUUUUUAACACUUUAUUAAAAAAAUACAACCCAAUAAGUUUCUUAUUCAUCGAUGUUAGACCAAAGAUUAAAUAUAAUACUAGCCACAUAGAUAUGCCAAACAUUCUUUGCUUGGAACCUGUAUCAUUUAAAGAUAUUUAUUCGGAUUAUGAAUUGGAGAAAAAAUCAAUGAUCACUUCAGAUCAAUCGGAGAUCGAUCGUUUCAAUAAAAGAAACACUUUUAAGUUUAUAAUAUUAUAUUCUGAUGAUCAGUCUUUGAAAAAUCAAAAUAUUUUACUUAAUAUUUUACUAAAUAAAUCUUUUGAAAAACCUAUUGACAAUAAGUUGACGAAGAUUUACAUAUUAGAGAAUGGUAUCUCAAGUUGGAUUGAAUUUGGUGGGAAAAUAAUAAAGGAAAAUAAUGAUUCAAAUAUAACUCUUAAUAAAGAUAAUAAAAAUGAGAAUAAUAAGAAAGCUGAUGAACAUGACCUAAACUAUACUCAUAGUGUCUAUCUAAAUGGAGACACAUCUGGCUUACAUCUUAAAUCCUUACCUAAAAUGACCCCAAGUGUAUCCCAUUCCAUGGAUCAAUCAAUGAAAGCUAUGAUGUCAAGCAAUACCAUCUUUUCUUCUUCUGUUCCUACAUUGGGAAUCACAUCUCCCCCCUCAACGUUAUCAUACCCAUUCGUUACAAAUAAUCAUUCCAAACACUCCACUUUUACUAAUUCAUACACUUUAAUGUCAAAACAAACUUCUGGACCUAAUUCACCUAUUAACUCUUCUAGCACAAAUAACUAUACUAACAAUGAUCCUAAAAGAUCAUCAAGUCUAAAGAGACUUUCUGCAUUGUUACCAUCGUUCAAAAAUUCAACAUCGGCACCAUUAUCAUCUUCUUCCUAUUCGUUUUCAUCACCACCACCGCAACUGCAGCAAUCAUCAUCAUUACCAUAUUCUUCUUCUUACAUAAAGAAGGAUUCACCUAGAUUACCACAACUAUAUUCAACUCCAACUUCUGCUGUUUCAUUAUCUUCCUCCCCAAGUUUACUGUCUCAGAAUGUUCUCCAUAAUGAUAAUACGACAUAUACAACAUAUCCAGAUACAUUUAAUUUAUUACAACACAACAAUUUAAAAAAUUCAACCAAUAACGGCCCUGAACGCACCUUAUCUCCCUUACCCCAAUUACCAAAAUUGCCUCAAAAGGUUAUGUCUACAACGCAAAAUUUUAUUGGAUCUGCGUCCUCAUUAUCUAAUUCAGAUAUAUCUUACCCUGAGAACUCUUAUUCUUCAUCCCCCUCAUUAUACCCAUCUUAUUUAGUAUCAAAUUAUAGAAGCGAUAAGAACACUUUCACUAGUCCAAGUAAUAACAAUGUUAACACCUCAAUAAUAGCAAGAAAAUUACAGACGGAGACUUUACAGAACCCUUACAAUUUAGAUUUUAUUGUAGGUCUAGAAAAUAUGGGAAAUUCUUGUUAUUUGAAUUGUAUUAUACAAUGUCUAUUAGGUACACAUGAACUGACUAAAAUUUUUUUAAAUAAUUCGUAUGAGAAACACAUCAACUUAAAAAGUAAAUUGGGUUCAAAGGGUGUAAUUGCUAAAAAUUUUGCAAGAUUAGUCAAUACAAUGUACAACCAUGCUACAGUUUCGAAUGAUCCUAUCCCAUUAAAACAAUUUACGAACGGUAUCAGUAACAAUUCUUUUGAUGGAAAUAUUAUUAACCAGCAUAAUAAUAGUGUUAGCAAUAUGAAUCGACCAAACAUGCUUAAUUCAAGUCUAUUAACUAAGAAGAAAGAAAAUCACCAUAAAGUUACACCAGUACGACCUCAACAGUUUAAAGUUGCUUGUGGUUCUGUUAAUUCUUUAUUCAGAGAUUGUUCUCAACAAGAUUGUCAAGAAUUUUGCCAAUUUUUAUUAGAUGGUUUACAUGAAGAUUUAAACCAAAAUGGUGGGAAUCCACCAUUAAAAGAAUUAUCUAAGGAAGCGGAAGAAGUUAGAGAAAAAUUGUCCUUAAGAAUUGCAUCAUCUAUAGAGUGGGAAAGAUAUUUGACUACAGAUUUUAGUGUGAUCCUUGAUUUAUUUCAAGGACAAUAUGCCUCAAGAUUACAAUGUAAAGUAUGUAAUAGAACUUCUACCACAUAUCAACCAUUUUCUGUGCUAUCUAUUCCAAUGCCACAUGAUAAGUUAAAUUCUAGUUGUAGUAUUAUUGAUUGUUUCAAUGAGUUUACUAAAGUCGAGAGUUUAGAAGUUGAUGAACAAUGGUCUUGUCCUACUUGCAAAAAGAAACAGCCUUCCACUAAAAAACUUACUAUUACAAGAUUACCUAAAAAUUUAAUUAUUCACCUAAAAAGAUUUGAUAACAGAUUAAAUAAAAAUAAUAAUAUGAUUACAUAUCCGUUUAGAUUAGAUCUAACAGAAUUUUGGGCAAAUGAUUUUGAUGGAAGGUUACCUGCAGGCGUCACCAAUGAACUACCAACAAGAGGCCAAGUGCCACCAUUUAACUAUAAACUGUAUGGUGUUGCUUGCCACUUUGGGUCUCUUUAUGGGGGCCAUUAUACUGCUUACGUUGAUAAAGGUAUCGGCAAGGGUUGGUACUAUUUUGAUGAUACCAAUUAUAGAACAGUAAAGAAUCCAAACGAACCUAUUACAUCUAAUGCCUAUGUAUUAUUUUAUAAAAGAAUAUAUGGUGAUAUCUGA